AGAUCUGCUGGGUCAGACAGAGACCAGUCCAGAAACCAUCCAGAGAAUCAUCACCAACCUGAAGGAGAUGAACUCUGAUGAUAUCUCUCCUGCCAGAAGCAUCAACAUCUUCUACUGUCUGGUGGAGAUGAACGACGUCUCAUUUUAUCAGGAGAUCCAACGGCUGCUGGAUUCAGGGAAGGAGCUCUCAGAGACUGACUGUUCAGCUCUGGCCUUCAUGCUGCAGAUGUCAGAAGUUCUGGAUGAGUUGGACCUGAAGAAGUACAAAACCUCAGAUAAAGGACGACGGAGACUGGUUCCAGCUGUGAGGAACUGCAGAAAGGCUCGACUUGGUGGCUGUUUGAUGGAAAAUGCUGAAUAUGAAGUUUUGGCCUCGGCUCUGAAGUCCAACCCAGAUCUGACUGAACUGGAAAUAAAUCAGAUCUUCAUAUAUAAAGCUGGAGAAUCUGAUAUGAAGCAUCUGAUUGAGAUCCUGGAGAAUUCAGUCAGUAAAGUGAAGAUUCUGAGAUUGAGUGACUGCAGUUUCUCAGAGACCAGCUGGACGUCUCUGUUCUCAGCUCUGAAGUCCAACCCGACCCAUCUGACAGAACUGGACCUGUACGAAACCAACCUGGAAGAUUCUGGACUGAAGGAUCUCUGUGGUUUUCUACAGACUGAAGGCUGCAGACUGGAGACAUUGAGAUUGUUUGACUGCAGUUUAUCAGAGACCAGCUGGACGUCUCUGUUCUCAGCUCUGAAGUCCAACCCGACCCGUCUGACAGAACUGAACCUGAGAGGAACCAACCUGGAAGGUUCUGGACUGAAGGAUCUCUGUGGUUUUCUACAGACUGAAGGCUGCAGACUGGAGACAUUGAGGUUGAUUCACUGCAGUUUGUCAAAGAUCAGCUGUGAUUAUUUGGCCUCAGCUCUGAAGUCCAACCCGACCCGUCUGACAGAACUGGACCUGAGAUGGAACAACCUGAAGGAAUCAGAUGUUCAGCAGCUGAUGGAUCUUGUAGAGACUUUAAAGUUCUGAUCUCUGUAAAGUAGAGAACGUCUCUGUGUCCUGCUGAUCCUCACAGGUUGAAGCUGCAGCAGUUUGAGUCUAAAGAGACUCUGGAUCAAGAUGAUGACCUUUGACCUCAGAACAUUUUCUAUUUCUAUUUCAAAUAUUUUCCAGACGUCUAUUGUUGAAGAUUUUCAGUUUUAUUUUUCAUCUGAUCUGUUUGAUGAUCUGCAGGAACAAAAGAGAGAAAAAUACUCUGAGUUUGUUAGAAAAGUUGAAUUGAGCAAAAACAUGAAGCAUAAAUUUCAUUAAAAAGCUUUAAAGAGUUUGUUAA